CUUUCACAGUUUCUGGAUUUAAGCGACAUGACAGAGCCAGCAACAAUAACCAGACCACUGAUAUCCUCCAAGCGUCACAAGAGUGUAAGGAAGAGUACAAGAAGGAUUUAUUCGCCAUACAACGAUGAUAACGGAGCAUCUGAUGAUGAAGAUAAGGAUGGAGAGAGAGUGGACAGUAAUGAUCCGGAGGAGAUGUUCCAGAACAUUCAGCAACAGAAGGAGAUCAUUGCCAACAUCCGAAUCAAACCCUGGCCAAUUAGACGCAAACUGAAAGUGCUUAAGCAGGCUAAAGAGAUGGUCCUCAAGUAUGAAGGCAGAUUGACCAGGACACGAGGUUACCAGGCAGCCGGAGCAGAUUUGCUGAAGAAGAUUUCAAGAGUUCUUUACAACAUUGUUGUUUUGUUCGUACCUUGGGAGAUGAGGAUUAAAAAGAUUGAAAGCCACUUUGGAUCAGGCGUGGCGUCUUAUUUCAUAUUCCUGCGAUGGCUGUUUGGCAUUAAUAUUGUUCUGACUAUAAUGACCGGAGCGUUUAUCGUACUGCCUGAGCUUCUGGCUGGCGCUCCGUUCGGUACGACCCGCAGCAAGACCAUACCCAAAGAUCAUCUCUCUUCUGCACAAGACCUGGACACCAUCUGGUCACUGGGGGGAUAUCUUCAAUACUCUGUACUUUUCUACGGCUACUACGGCAAUGUCCGUAAAAUCGGCAGCGCUGGCUACAGACUACCAUUGGCCUAUUUUCUGGUUGGGAUGGCUGUUUUUGCCUACAGUUUCAUCACUUUGUUAAGAAAAAUGGCUAAAAACUCCCGUAUGAGUUUAGCCGGAGCUUCCAGUGAGAACUUCACAUUCUGCUGGCGGGUCUUCUGUGCGUGGGAUUACCUGAUUGGAAAUCCGGAAGCAGCGGAAAGCAAAGGAGCAGCUAUUGUCAACAGCAUCAGAGAAGCCAUCGUCGAGGAACAGGAGAAGAAGAAAGACACAAGCCUAGCCGUACUGAUCAGUUUGAGGAUUCUGGCAAACAUUCUGGUCCUCCUGUCUCUGGCUGGCAGCAUCUACAUCAUCUACUUUGUAGUCGAUCGUUCUCAAAAACUGGAGCAAGAGAAACCUGAACUGACACUGUGGGAGAAAAAUGAGGUUAGCGUGGUGGUGUCUCUCAUCACGAUGAUCGCACCUUCAGCCUUUGAGCUGGUGGCACAGCUGGAGAUGUAUCACCCCAGAACAAGUCUUCGCUUUCAGCUCGCCAGAGUACUGGUGUUGUAUCUUGGAAACCUGUACAGUUUGAUUAUUGCACUCCUGGACAAAGUCAACAGUAUGAGCUCUGCUGUACAGAUUCCUGUUGCUCCAGGAAACCUGUCGGACUCAACAUCCUACCUCGCGACCAUUUCCCAACCCACCGAAGACAACCUGUCCACCAUCGUCCCGGACAUCACCGAGCGACAGAACAGCACGCUGACCAUGACUCUUUUGGAUCUUAACAACAACGUAACCACCAUCAAAAGCACCAUGUCCUAUGGACAGGCAAUGAGAAUGCAGUCUCUCCUAAACCAGACGGUCGUCUACGAGUACAAUACUAGAUCACAACAAGACCCUUGCUGGGAAACAUAUGUUGGUCAGGAGAUGUUGAAGCUCUCCAUCAUUGACAUGAUCUUCACGGUGGCAAGUAUCCUGCUUAUUGAUUUCAUCCGAGGGUUGGUGGUUCGAUAUUUGAGUGACUGCUGCUGUUGGGAUUUGGAGAGCAAGUUUCCUGAAUAUGGUGAAUUUAAAAUAGCUGAAAAUGUUCUUCAUCUGAUAUACAACCAAGGAAUGAUAUGGAUGGGAGCGUUCUUUUCACCCUGUCUGCCCGCCUUUAACGUCCUGAAGCUCAUUGGUUUAAUGUAUCUUCGCAGCUGGGCUGUGCUGACCUGUAAUGUUCCUCAUCAGCAGGUCUUCAGGGCCUCAAGAUCGAAUAAUUUCUACCUGGCGAUGCUUCUAUUCAUGCUUUUUCUGUGUAUGCUGCCAACCAUCUUUGCCAUCGUGAGGUACAGGCCGUCUCAGUACUGUGGACCUUUCAGUGGUCAGGAGAAGAUUUACGACAUCAUCUCCGAGACCAUCGCAAAUGACUUUCCUGUAUGGUUCAAUAACGUGAUGGAUUACGUCACCAGUCCUGUGGUAGUGCUGCCUGCAUCGCUUCUGCUGUUUAUGCUGAUCUACUACCUGCAGUCCAUCGCUAGAUCACUCAAAGUCACCAACAGCCAGCUGAGACUGCAGCUUCAGACCGAGCGUACAGACGACAAGAAGAAAGUAUUUCAGUUGGCUGCAGCGCGCCUUCAGGCACCCGAGGGUGCCGAUAAAAAGCCAGAGCAGGAAAGUGACAUCACAAGCAUGGAGUCCUCUGCUCGAUCCACCUCCCCCCAACGACCCAACGGGAAUGUCGUCAACUUCGAAUCUCCCAUCCGCCAAGGCAAUAGCAUCCGUACCAUAACCCAAUCUGCAUCACGGCCCGACGUCUCCAGAGCAGCCGGUGCGGCGCGGAGCUCCUCCGCCCCCGUGAGACAGAAACACAAGGCGGAGCACGUACCCAAUAGUGCUUUCAGAAUGUACAGCAGCCCCUCAGUUCCACAAAGACAAGUACGACGGGUGGAGUACGUACCCAUCAGGCACGCUGGGUACUUGGGUAGCAGCAGUGGUCCCGGUCGAUCAAAAUCCUAUCACCACAUGGCCUACACCCCGAGGCAUGGAGAGAGCAUCCACUCGGAUCCGCUUUUACGGAAGACCCUCCGCCCCAUGCACGCAGAGCCCAGCAUAAUCGCAACACCGAGCUACGUGGGCCGGCGGGCUCAUACCACGCGCUACGUCAUCGUCAACGAACAUGAAGCUCGAAAAAAGAUGCGCUCUACUGUGCGCUUGCCAAGACAUUACCGCCUUGCCGAUGAACUGACGGAGAUCGUAGAGCUGUACCCACGCAACGUCAAGUGUUACAUUCCUCGAACCCCUCACCGUAGCCACCAGCCACACCUAAGUGAGGAAGACGAGGAGGAAGAAGAUCCUAAGGGCACCAGCACAAGAAGAGGAUCCAUCAGACAGUCACAACGUCCGCGGUCACUGUCCGACCUACACCAGACCGCGAGGUUCUACAUUGGCGAUACGGUAGGCAGCCAGGUCUCUAUGGAGCAGGGUUUAUAUGCCGACGAAGAAGAUGAGGACGACUGGGUCGAUGACAGCUCUCACCUUUGCUCUCAAACAAACAUCCGAGGUCCAGAGUCGGCACACAGGUACAGGGAACCGCACGUCAAGUCCAAGGCCAAGCAUAAAGUGGAGCCAUCGCUGACAGAGUCCGAUUCGGCAUCGCUCGCAUCCAGCAGCGACCCGCAGAACAGCAGCACAGAUCAAUACAUCCAAAUCAUUCACAAUAAAGAGAAGUACCUGAAGCCCAGCGCAAAGAUGGCCAAAAAGAAAUCCAAAAACAGCAUUAAAGUGAAUGCAUCUAGUUCGAAUGAUCUCGUCUGCUCAAAUGUUUAAAGUAUUUAUAUAAAAAAAAAAAGAGUAUGGCUCUCUUUCACAAUCUUAGGCUGACUGUGUAGGUGGCAUUUCAAGGCAUAAAUGUGUACUGGAGUUCAAGAAAAUGCAGAUUAUAAACAUGUAAACAGUAUAAAAUGUUGAAACUAAAUGCGAGUACACUCCACAUAUGCUUCAUAUGAGUAGCACUACAGUAUAUGUUGCCGACUAUGUAGUGUGUUUCCACUAACCCACUAAUGAGGUUACAAUUUAGGAUGCAGGCAGCACUAGAUUAUAAAACAGAGCCAUUUAUACAUGUAUAAGGUUUUAUCAUAUGAAAUUUGUUGUUUUGCCUUGUAAAGCACACCGAUAUGACCAAACUGCACAAGUGUACUUUUCAUGUA